AGUUGAUGUGAAACCACUUUAAAGCAGAGCAGUCCAGUUUAUCAAUGGCCUGUAGUCCAUAGGAGUUAAUACGGUAACUUCAUAAGUCAGUCUGCCUGCAGCUCACAGACUCAAUUAGUUUAUGGAGGCUUCCGGGUUCAGUUAGCAAAGCGAAAACAGUGUAAUUUGUUUUACAAACAUUCAGGAAUCACAGGUAUUUCUCAAAGCAUGAAACAACAGCACCGAGCGAAACCUCCCAGUUCGGAAAGCUGGAGCUAUUAAAACCUUUGUGGGAAGUAUUUACAAGAUUUACGAGGCAUUACAGCAGAGUGACAUUACCCGAUGCCAUCCCAGCUGUCACCGCUGCCAUGGCCUGAGAUCUUUGUGUACUGGCUGCUCUCUUUGGGCUCUCAUUUUUACUCUUUUUACCAGCUGCACAAGUUCUCCAGAGAGCAUGAAGCUGGCUUACAGAGAGAGGUCCAGUUGGAAAAUGGCCUUUUUAAGAGCUUCAAAAGGGACCCGUCUGACUUUGAGUGGAGUUUCUGGACUGAGUGGGCCAAAAAGUCUUUACUGUGGACUCUAGUUGGUCAUGGCGUGUUAUCAAGAUUGGCGGCCAUUUUUCACCCAAAGCUUAAGGUGCUUGCGCUCACAGUGUUCGACUUCUUGGCAGCCAGCAGCUUGCUGGGCUUUAAGGGUGUGGGAGUUCUGCUUCUACAGCUGUCCGUUGCCUUCUCAGUGGCCCAGCUGCGAAAGCCUUCUUUGGCGUGGAUCACUAACCUUCUGCUGCUCUCCACAAUUCACAUCCAGCCACUGCAAGACAUCCAGAGAGGCUGGUACAGCACAGAGGAGGAGUACUACCUGCUACUUUUCAGCGUUUCUGUCUGUGGCCUGCGAUUCAUCAGCUUCAGCCUAGAGCACUGCUGGAGCCCUUUUGAGUGCAGUCGAGUCGCGCACCUCUUCUGGCUGUUUUCAUACACCUUCUAUCAUCCUUUCUUCUACAAUGGACCCAUUAUCACUUUCAAAGCCUACGCUGAGCAGAUGAGGAAAUCGGCCGACGAGAACAGCGGGGAGGAAUCUGUCUUUGGCUUCGUGGUGGUCAGAUCAGUCCGGGUCGCUCUGUGGUGGAUCCUGGCAGAAUUCAUGAUCCAUGUCAUGCACAUGCACGCCAUCCACUCUAAUGAGACCUACAUAGAAAUGCUUCCUCCGUGGGCUUUGGGGGGUCUGGCCCUGGCUCUCGUCCAGUUCUUCUAUGUGAAGUACCUGGUGCUGUUUGGGCUUCCCUCCAUGCUCGCCACUUUGGACGGCCUGGUCCCCCCGAAGCUCCCGCGCUGCGUCAGCAUCAUGCACAGCUUCACAGGGAUGUGGAGGCACUUUGACGAGGGGCUGUAUCGAUGGCUUAUCAGAUACAUCUACGUGCCUCUGGGUGGCUCCCGCCAUGGUCCUCUCUCCAAAGUGUUUUCCACCGGCGUCGCCUUUGCGUUCGUCUGCUUCUGGCACGGCGGCCAGGACUACCUGCGGUACUGGGCCCUGAUGAACUGGGCCGGCGUUCUGGUGGAAAACGGCAUCAGAGCUCUCUUCGCCUCGGCUCGCCUUCACUCCAUAGUUGAGCAGAGUUUCUCCUUGGCGAUGCGAAGGCGCUGCGCCGCCCUCCUCUGCGCCUUCUCGACGGCCAUGCUCAUCCUGUCUAAUCUGGUGUUCCUCGGGGGGACGCACGUGGGCAGAAUCUUCUGGAAGCGCGUCUUCGUUCAGGGGUGGCCCACCGUCGCUCUGCCGAUGCUCGCCUUCCUCUACUGCUUUGCUCAGGUUGGACUUGAGCGAACGUCUUCCCCACCGUGAGUCACCUUGACUUCCUGGAAACGUGAGAAUCCCUGCUGCCGGACAACCAGGGCGACCCGCAGAGCCGCGGCGACCCGGCCAACAGCCACGCCUAGUGUCCGAAACACAGCCCAAAGUUCUGCUGCGGAGCAGAGCUGCACCACAAAGCAAAAAAAAAAAAACAACAACAACAACAAAUGCUGGACCAAGGA